UCCGCUCUGGCGGCGCCUCUCUAUGGCGGGGCUGGCGCCUGGCGGCGGCGCGGCCAUGGCUGCAGUACCCGAGAAGGAGCGGCUCUUCCUGCGGCAGCACCCGCUCCUUAGCCUCGCGGAGCCGGGCAAGGUGAGAUGCAGGCUGACAGGCCAUGAGAUGCCAUGUCGACUGUCGGAGCUGCAGGCUUAUACUAAUGGCAAGAAGUAUCAGCGGCUGGUAAAGACUGCCAGAGAGUUCGACUAUGGCAAGUUUGAGCCCCACAUAGUGCCCAGCACAAAGAAUCUACACCAGCUGUUUUGCAAGCUCACUCUCAGACACAUCAACAAGUUUCCAGAGCACGUGCUGCGUCAUGUCCAAGGGAAGCGCUAUCAGAAGGCCCUAAAAAGAUACGAGGAGUGCCAGAAGGAAGGAGUGGAGUACGUCCCUGCCUGCUUGCGACAGAAGAAGCAGCAGAUGCAGCACCCUGAUGACCAAAUGAAUGGGAGCAGGCAGCCUUACAGAAAAGAGGAAUUCUGGGAGCCGAAGUCCAGCGACGAGGGUGGAGAGGAGACAGAUGACAGCAUGAGUGACCUGUAUCCACCUGCACUCUUCCCAGAAAAAAGCCCAGCAGCUCCACAAACCACAAAAGGCAGCGAUGACUUUGCAACAGACAGCGAGGAUGAUGGGACCAAGCAGAAUGGUGAGGUGAACAGAAAGGAUGGUGGAAGAACACGUGUCAGCAGAGCAGUUGGCAACAAAAGAGGAAAGAAACAGUCAGGCCCUUUACAGAAGAAAUUCAAGAGUCAUCAUCAUCAAAACCCCAAGAACUUAAAGAAAGCAACCAACGGCAAAUAAAUUUUAUGAUAAACA